UUGAGAAUGGAUUUGUUUUAUUUUAUUUUUCUAUUAAACUCACUCCACGCUAUGGCGUCGCCAGUUAUAAUAGAUAUUUUAAAACUAAAGAGCAUUCAAAAUUGCAUCAUCUUCAAUUGUAAUGAAAAUCACAAAGCUAAAUCGUUGCAAAAAGUACUACUGAAGAACAAUUUUAGAAUAUUAACAGUUAAAUCAGAUUUUAAAAGUAAAUACUUCAGUCACUACGGUCAUUCGAAAAUUGGUUUUGUCUUGGACACGUCAUGUGAUUUCUGGUAUGUAAUUUUGGACAAAAUAGAUACACAAUUGCUUGGCGGCUCUCACACUUGGUUGGUACAAACUGAUGAUCUUUCCGGAACCGUAAGUUUGUUAUCUAAAUACCCGAUCGAGGUAAAUUCAGAUUUUAUAAUAAUUUCGAAAGAUAUCAAAAGAAGCAACAUGUUUUAUUUACAUGAAAUAUAUAACAAAGGGUUCUAUACAAACGGUUCCUCAGUGGUUAAGAGUUUGGGUUAUUUUGAAUCACGCUUGACUAUGAAAAGAAAUAGUCGAAUUGAUUUAUCGGGAGUGGUACUGAAAUGUGUCGUAGUUGUACUUGACCCAAUUGUGAAUCAAACAUUCAAACAAUAUUUGGACAACGCUAAACCUGGGAUCGUAGAUUCCUUGCACAAGUUGAAAUUUUAUGUGCUGUUGAAAUAUUUAGAGGAUCUCUGUAAAUUUAGGUAUAAAUUAGAAAGAACUAAUUCUUGGGGCUACCUGCGGAACGGCAGUUUUGACGGCAUGGUUGGGGCCCUGCAGCGUCGUGAAGCAGAUAUCGGUGGAACACCAAUCUUCUACCGCCCAGAUCGCGCCAGAUUCGUCGAUUACACCACACCAACUUGGCAAUCAAGGCCCUGUUUCAUUCUGCGUCACCCCAAAUACCCGGGUGGUUUCUACUCUAUUUACACUAGACCGCUGACAACCACAGUAUGGUACAGUAUUAUUGGUCUUGUUUCCUUAGCCGGUACGAUGCUCUGUGUCAUGUUGAAAUUGAACCUCCUGAAGGAGCCUGGGGAUGACGAGGAUUCCUCCACAUCCAUGGCCUUUUUAUUCAUCUUUAGCGCUCUCAGCCAACAAGGCACUACUAUUAUAAGAGGAGCGACGUCGAUAAAAGUGGUAACUUUCGUAACUUUUGUAUUUUCUCUAACUUUGUAUCAAUAUUAUAAUGCUACUGUUGUUUCGACGCUGCUACGAGAGGCGCCGAUUACAAUAAAAAGUCUCAAAGACCUGUUGAAUAGCAAUCUUAAGGCGGGGGUCGAGGACGUAUUGUAUAAUAAAGACUAUUUUAAGCGUACGACCGAUCCGGUAGCCAUAGAAAUUUAUCAUCAGAAAAUUGUCACCAGCCAUCAUUAUAAUUUCUUUACACCUGAAUAUGGUAUGGUUCUGGUGAAACGAGGGGACUUCGCCUUCCACGUGGACAGCGUGACCGCUUAUCGUAUUAUGAGGCAGACGUUCAGCGAACGGGAAAUAUGCGACGCUCAUGAGAUCCAGCUGUUCCCGCCCCAGAACAUGGUCGCUGCGUUACCAAAAAAUUCACCUUACAAGGAACAUGUUACUAUCGGAAUAAGGAAAAUCUAUGAAGCUGGUUUAAUGCAUAGACUAAAAUCAGUCUGGGACGAACCGAAGCCUCCUUGUGUUCGCACUCCAGAUGCCAGCAUAUUUUCUGUUAAUAUAAGAGAAUUUUCUAUGGCUUUAGUACUUCUUGCUUUCGGUAUAGCUUUAUCCGUGGCGAUACUGAUCGGAGAGAUGAUAUUUUACACAACUAACAUGAAACGUAUAGAAUUUAGACUUUAGUAAAAACUUUUUUGCACAGGUUUGAUGUUACAAAUUCGCACUGGCCAGUAGUACAAUAGGUUAUUUGUGUAAUUAAAAUAAAAACAACAUUUUC